AUGGCGAUUCGAGUUUCAGCACCAUCAUCCCAUGGCGUCGCCCGCGAACCUAAGUAUAGAUAUGACGUGUUUCUGAGUUUUAGAGGCGAAGAUACUCGCCAUUCAUUCACUGUGAUUCUCUACAAUGCUCUACGCCGUAAGGGAAUCAACGCCUUCAUAGAUGACAAGAAGCUCGGGAAAGGGGAACAGAUCUCACCGACGCUUCUUAAAGCCAUAGACAAAUCCAGGAUUUCCAUUAUUGUCUUCUCUCUGAACUACGCUACUUCCACAUGGUGCCUGGAUGAACUUGCUCACAUCAUUCAGUGUAAGACGGAGAAGAAUCAGAUGGUUAUGCCCAUCUUCUACAAGGUGGAUCCCAAGGAUGUCCAAUAUCAGAGGAACAGCUUUGGUGAAGCCAUGGCUGCUCAUGAAGUUAGGUUUAGAAAUGACUUGGAGAAAGUGCGAAAAUGGAGGUUUGCUUUGUCUGAAGCGGCUAGUUUGCCAUCAGCAUGGCUUUUCAACGAUGAGUAG